CUGUCAUCCCUCUCGGCUAAUGGAAAGUCACUCUGCUUGUUUUCCCCGUUGCAGAUUUGCUCGGUCUAGCUAGCCAGAGAGGUGGGGGGAAGAGAGAGCAUUUUCCGUCGGCCGACAAUCCAGGAAGGAAGGGGAGAGGACAACGAGGACGGAAAUAACAAGCGCGAGGAGGAGGAGGGGGUGUCCAAAAAGGAAACUCUACCCCUUUAAGAGCAAGUGGGACAUAGCGGUGCGAGAAAAAGGAGAGGAGGGGGAGAAGAAAGAGGAAUUAAAAAAGAAAAGGAAGAAAGAGACAGGGAGGGAGGAGGGAGAGCGGGCGAUAAAAAAAGAAAGAUGACAUCCUCGCAGCUGAACGGCCGAGGUGGAGCGGUAGGCUGCGGCCCGGCGAGAGCGCCGCUCGCCGGGGUCAGGGCUUGAAUCCAGCAGCGAGGCUUCGACAAAACACCCGACCGGCCUACCGCGGCUUCGGGAAUCGGAAAAAAUUAGACUCAUAAAUCAGAAAAAAAAGCAAAGCAUGACCUGCUGUUUUGACAGAUAUUACAACUCAUAUUCGUUGUCUUGCGUGAAAAACAGCAUUUAUUUCACUGUUUUGUGCGCGGCGCUGAAGAGUAAAACUGCAACGGCUCGGUUAUUAGUAUUAUUACUAUUUUUGGUUGUUUUAAGGCAUCUCCUGUGGGCUGAUUUCUGCGUGUUUGUCGAGGUUUGGGGUAAUUUUUGUGUUUGUAAACUAUUAAAGUUUAAAACAGGAGACAAGCAGGCCGUUACUGGACUGGGCCUGCUCCACCUCUGCAGCCUGCGUUAGUCCCAACAGCUGCGUGCGUCUCAGCCCACAGCUCUACCUCAAUGAGAAAACCAGAUUUCAGCACACGGCUUUGGCUUUGUUCGCGCUUUACGACAGAACCGGGGAGCCCAUCGCUCCCGCUGCGGGCCGGGCCUCCGUCCGCGUCCCGAUCGCCACCAGAGGAACCGAUCCGAGCCAUGCAAAGGCGGCUCCCCACGACCUCAACCUCAACCAGGAGCUGACUUCAUAAUCUCCACCGCUGUCUGUGGCGCAAAAUGGAUGCUGCUUGGAGCAAUUUUCUCUUCCAGAGUACUCCCACCCAAAACCAAGUGGAGGGGAGCCUCCAAUCAGAGCUCAUGCAAGUGCAUACGAGUUCUCCCCAGACCCCACCCACAGAGCACAUAGCGCAGCCUCCUUCCACUGUGGACACCACGGCUCUGAGUGAGGAACCCCUGCCUGAGCCGGUGAAGCCAGCGCCUCGGCCGGCUCGCGUGCAACACAUCUGUGCCAUCUGCAACAAGCAGUUCAAGAACAACUACAACCUGCGGCGGCACCAGUCGGUCCACACUGGGGUACGCAUGAAGGACAGGGCCAGAGUGCAGGCGGAGGGAGCAAAGGAGGGAGCCGCCGGCCAGGUGGUGGCGGCGGCAGCGGCCCCGCCGGCCAUGGCGGUGGGGGCCGGAGGGAGGGCGGAGAGGCCCACUGUUCCACUCUCCCUGCUGCACCUCUCCGUGCCUCCCCCUCUCGCCCCUCCCGGCGUGCUGGCGGGCGCCCAGCAGCCUCCCCUGGGCGGUCAGGAUGGCGAAGGGGUUGCCAUGCCAAACGUCAUGGCUACUGUUAACCCUCAUGCUCCGCCUCCUGCUGCUGUCGUCAUGGCCACAGGGGCGACAGUACAGCGGCCCGCCAAUCCCAACCCCAACCCCGUGAAGAAGAACCACGCCUGCGAGACGUGUGGGAAGGCCUUCCGGGACGUCUACCACCUCAACCGGCACCGGCUGUCCCACUCGGACGAGAAGCCCUUCUCCUGCCCCAUCUGCCAGCAGCGCUUCAAGAGGAAAGACCGCAUGAGCCACCAUGUGCGCUCCCACCAAGGCGGCGUGGAGAAACCCUACAUCUGCCCUCACUGUGGCAAAGCUUUCUCCAGGCCUGACCAUCUCAACAGUCACGUCAGGCAGGUGCACUCCUCAGAAAGACCCUUCAAAUGUCCGACUUGUGAGUCGUGUUUUGCCACCAAGGAUCGCCUGCGAGCCCACAUGAUCCGUCACGAGGAGAAAGUGCCGUGCCACAUCUGCGGGAAGCUCCUGUCCGCCGCGUACAUCACCGAUCACAUGAGGGUGCACAACCAGUCGCAGCACCACGUCUGCCACCUCUGUAACCGCAGCUUCACCACGCUGACGUAUCUCCGCGUCCACGCCCAGAAGCACCACGGCCAGGAGUGGAAGGAGAGCCCCGGUGGCUUCGGCGGCACGGCCUCGGGCGGCAUCCUCGUCUGCCACCUGUGCGGCGUCCAGUGUAAGACACCUACCCAGCUCCAGGGCCACAUGGGAACCCACAGCACCAGCCAGGCCGCACCGAGCCCCGUCACCUCCAACGUGGCAGCCAGCAGCUCCGUCUCCCUUAGCAACAUGGUGACGGCGGCGCCCACCGUGUACGUCACCGGGAACACGGUGGUGGACCUGCUGGUCACGGACUGCUCUAGCAUCGCGGCGCCGCAGUCCCACAGUUAGCAGGAUUGAGCUGAAGCGAAUCCCGGGACGGUUACUUGUUGAUUCUGAUCCGGUUUAAUGUUCUAUUUUCCGUUUUUAUUCAAGUAGGUAUGUCUGCAGAAGAAGUAGGCGUUUCCAAAGACGUUUCACAAGAGCCACACCUGAUUGGACAAGCAAAAAAACAAACAAACAAAAAAAAAAACAAGGACCACGCCUGAUUGGACGAACAAAAUCAAGCGAAAAAUGAUUGGACAAGCAUGUCAAAGUAGCCGUUUUUCAAGAACCAGGACGAAAUUAACUCCGUCAGACAUUUUUAUUAAUAUCGUUAGCUAACUUGUCCGGUAUCGGA